AUGACGAUCUGGCUCGAGCACCAGUCGUCCAAGGAAGCAGGCGGGAUCUACCUUUUCCAGGACCGGGCCAGCGCAGAGGCCUACCUCGUGAUGCACGCGCAGCGCCUGAAGGGCUUCGGGAUCCCCGAGGUUAACGCCAAGAUCUUCGACGUGAACGAGGCGCUGAGUGAUGUCACCAAGGCGGUGCUGACGGCCGGCGGCGGCGGCCGCGGCCGGGGCGGCGCCUGA